AUGGCUGAAGUGCUGGCUGCUAUCUCAAGUCUCUAUACAGCUGUAAAGGCUCUGCACACCUUCGCACUGCAAAUCAAACAGUGGAAGCUACUGUCUGAGCGACUUUUCGACAUUGAAGAGGGUCUCGAAUUCGCAAGAAUCUCUCUUGACAGCUGGCAACACAAGUACGACAUACAGAUUCAUCGACCCAGUAUUUACACUAUAAUUCUCUUUGGAAAAGAGGGCCAUGAGCGCGUAACAGCCACAAUCGGUACUAUCAACAUAAUCACAGGGAGCAUCAAGAGCGACAUCAGCCGAAUCAGAGGCAUUGCACUCAAAGUCGAGCAAGGGCGCACCUAUUAUGGAGAAAACCAGGAUAUUGGUAACGAAGAACGAGUCAAAGAAUGCCUUCGAAAGAUACAACGCAAGGGCACAUGGUCGCGCAGAUUUUUCUUGAGCGUUCUGGGAAAAUCAUACGACCUAGAGAUGCGUCUCAAGCGGCUGAAUCAGAAGCUCGCCACACUGGAACGUCUUUCCGAUUUCUACCUCGAAAAAGAGCACGUGGACAUCUUCUCGGAGAUUGAACGGCUCCCUGGGCGGCACCUGAUCAUCAGGGCCGGAGAAAGAAGGGCAGACACGAUUGAGAGCCAGUUACUAGAUGUUGUUCGUGCUCAGAAAGACGCUGAGCGGCUUCAUCGGUGCAGCGCAUCGAGCCAUCGACUGCACAUGGGCCUUUCAGUUCCUCGAGUCCAUAGGCGCGACUUUGCGUUUUUACUCAAUAUGCAUGGGACAAGCCACGAAGUCCUUGUACAGCCCGUUACCAUCAAGGCCGUCCACGAUCCAUCCAUGGUCGCAAACGACAUCGCCACUGCCCUGUCAACUCUUGCGAGCAAGACGCAGGAUAGUUGCUACAUGGUACCAACUUUGUCUACAUCGGCAGGUUUCAUCGUCAAGAAUCCGCCGACAAAUCUCCUCUGUGAUUUGGAAUACAAGGAGCCUCUAUCGAGUACGAUUCGCGACCAGAACGUCUAUCUUGGCUCACAAAAACUAUACUCGCAGGAUCAAAACGCAAUAGCAACUGGCGUCGCGCAAGGCUGUUUCCGAUUGAUAGGGAGCCAAUGGCUGUCUUUCCUCGACUGUUCGAACAUACGCUGGCGCAGGACCAAGGAUGGAAAGUGGAUCAGCAUGCUAACCGCAGCGCCUGGCCAGUCAUUGACGACGCGCACCUUGGAGAAAUGCUACAAAAGCAACCGUGAGAGAAGAGACAGUCGCGACCUCUCCAAACAUAUCCAAAUCUUCCGCAUCGGGCUCGUUCUCGCGGAGAUGGCGCUCAAAGCGCCGUUCUCACACAUUGAUUUCGACACUGUGACAUACACGACGAAGCUGUACAUCAACGAUGGUGAAGAGGUCAGUGCCCAUGAGGUCGCAUCCCAAGUUGACAUGAAGAGCAACAUUCUCUUAGGAAACAUGGUGUUCUUCUGCCUCAAUGUAUUACAGGACAACAACGCCAUGGCUGAGAGGAGCAUCGAAGGUAGUUAUUUCCAAAAUGUGCUCAAGCAAGCAGAGGAGCUCGAAAGAAUUCUUGGGUCCGACAGACGAAGAGGUGGCUUAAGCCCAGGCUCAAGUCCAAUGGGAAGUGGUUCAAAUACCCCCAGAUCAGCUGCAAGCGCAUACGUGUAUUGA